UUGGCUCUAGGGAAAGUUCUUCAGUGGAUGGGAGCUUGGUGCACAGGGAAAGAUGUCAGGCUUUUCCUGGCUCCUUCUCAGCCUUGUUGCUGUAGCCACUGCUCAGACAACCACUGAGGAUGAAGCCAAGGCCUUUUUGAACACUUUUAACACUGAAGCUGAAGAGGUGUCUUAUAAGAGUUCGCUUGCUUCCUGGGACUAUAACACCAAUAUCACCGAAGAGAAUGUCCAAAAGAUGAAUGAAGCUGGGGCCAACUGGACUGCCUUUUAUGAAGGGCAGUCCAAGCUCGCUGAGAAGUAUAAACUAGAAGAUAUUAAGGACCCCAUAGUCAAGCUUCAGUUGAAGUCUCUUCAGCAGAAAGGCUCAUCAGUACUUUCAGAAGAAAAAAUCAAACAAUUGAACACAAUUCUAAAUGAAAUGAGCACCAUCUACAGCACUGGACAAGUUUGUAACCCAUCUAAUCCACAGGAGUGCCUUUUACUUGAACCAGGUUUGGAUGAAAUAAUGGCAAACAGCGACGACUACUAUAGGCGGCUCUGGGCUUGGGAAGGCUGGCGGUCACAGGUCGGCAAGAAGCUGAGGCCAUUAUAUGAACAGUACGUGGACCUGAAGAACGAGAUGGCAAGAGCUAACCAGUAUGAGGACUAUGGGGAUUAUUGGAGAGGAGAUUAUGAAGCAGAUGGCUACUAUACCCGCAACCAACUGAUGGAAGAUGUGGAACGCACCUUUGCAGAGAUUAAACCACUCUAUGAACACCUUCAUGCCUAUGUGAGAACAAAAUUGAUGAAGACCUUCCCUCAUGUCAAUGCUACUGGAUACAUCCCUGCCCAUUUGCUUGGUGACAUGUGGGGUAGAUUUUGGACAAAUCUGUACCGCUUCACAGUCCCCUUUGGAGAUAAACCAAACAUAGAUGUUACUGAUGCAAUGGUGAACCAGGGCUGGGACGCACAGAGGAUAUUCAGAGAAGCUGAGAAAUUCUUUGUGUCUGUGGGCCUUCCUAGUAUGACUGCAGGAUUCUGGGAGAACUCCAUGCUAACUGAGCCAAAAGACGGCCGGAAAGUGGUCUGUCACCCCACAGCUUGGGACCUGGGAAAGAACGACUUCAGGAUCAAAAUGUGCACGAAGGUGACCAUGGAUGAUUUCCUGACAGCCCAUCAUGAGAUGGGCCACAUCCAGUACGACAUGGCAUAUGCUAAGCAACCCUACCUGCUAAGAAGCGGAGCUAACGAAGGCUUCCACGAAGCUGUCGGGGAGAUCAUGUCACUGUCUGCAGCGACCCCAAAACACUUGAAAUCCCUAGGCCUUCUGCCAUCUGACUUUUCUGAAGACUAUGAAACAGAUAUCAACUUCCUACUCAAGCAAGCACUUACCAUCGUGGGAACACUUCCAUUUACUUACAUGUUGGAAAAGUGGAGGUGGAUGGUCUUUAAGGGGGACAUUACCAAAGAAGAAUGGACGAAAAAGUGGUGGGAGAUGAAGCGAGAGAUCGUUGGCGUGGCGGAACCUGUACCCCAUGAUGAGAGCUACUGUGACCCUGCAACUCUGUUCCACGUUGCCAACGACUACUCAUUCAUCCGGUAUUACACAAGGACCAUUUAUCAGUUCCAGUUUCAAGAAGCCCUUUGUCGAACAGCUCAACACACAGGCCCCCUGUACAAGUGUGAUAUCUCAAAUUCCAGGGAAGCUGGGAAGAAGCUGCUUGAAAUGCUGAGUCUUGGAAGAUCGGAAUCCUGGCCCUUGGCACUGGAAAAAGUUGUAGGAGAAAAGACUAUGAAUGUGAAACCACUGCUCAACUACUUUGAGCCUCUGUUCACCUGGCUGAAAGAGCAGAACAAGAACACUGUUGUGGGAUGGAACUCUGGCACAGACUGUGCUUUCAAUUCCGAGCAAAGCAUCAAAGUGAGGAUAAGCUUAAAAUCAGCCCUUGGAGAUUCAGCAUAUGACUGGAAUGACAAUGAGGUGUUCUUGUUCCAGUCAUCUGUUGCAUAUGCCAUGAGAGAAUAUUUUUUAAAAGAGAAAAAGGAGGAGAUGCUUUUUGGGACCUCCAAUGUGUGUAUAUUUAAUAGGACAGCAAGAGUUUCCUUCGUCUUCACGGUCACUUCACCUUCGAACCCGUCUCAAGUCAUUUUAAAGAGCGACGUGGAAGAGGCCAUCAGGCUGUCCCGGGGCCGUAUCAAUGAUGCUUUCCGCCUGGAUGACAACAGCCUGGAGUUUGUGGGUAUUUACCCGACACUGGCACCGCCUUACAAGCCACCUGUCAACAUUUGGCUGAUUGCUUUUGGGGUUGUGAUGGCAGUGGUAGUGGUUGGUAUCGGCGUGCUCAUCUACACCGGGAUCAGAGAACGAAAGAAGAGAAGUGAAGAAGCAAGUGAAGAGAAUCCUUAUGGCUCCGUGGACUUGAGUAAAGGGGAAAAUAACCCAGGAUUCCAAAGUAGUGAGGAUACUCAGACUUCAUUUUAGAACAUUCUACUUUGUUUCCUCUUGAGGUGAUUUUACCAUACAUAAAUGUUAAUUUCAUGGUACAGCUAUAUGGGAUUAUACAGAUGUCAUUAAAUAGCAAAACGAUGACCCUGUUCAGGAAAAGUUGUCCUAAGAAGACUCGCCUGAGGAGAGGGCAUCUUCACUCGCAUUGCCUUCAGCAUUUAUUUUGCGUAAGAAUUCGACUUCCCUUCUGUUUCCUAAAAGAGAUGUUGAUAUUUGAGAAUAAUCAAGAAAGUGUGGCUUUGGCCUCACAGGCCAUUCAAGGGUAGUGGAAAUGGAAAAACGGGUUGGCUUGCAGGAGUUGGGGGAAAAAAAGGAUAUAUGGUGGGAGCGACUGUUGGGAUCUUGUAUGGAAUCUGGAUGGGUCACUUUUAAAGAUGGCGCCUGAGAAUGGGUAGAGCUGAG